GUGGACUGGGAGCUCUUGUAUGUUUUCCUUUGGGUUCCAUCGUCUCCUACAGAUAGGGAAACGAUGGACAUGAUGACUCUUCUUUCGCUUCUUGAGAAUCACCUAUUUCGUCUUAGAAGGAGAGAUGUGAGAGUCCAGAGCCCCAGUCCUUUGGACGGGUUCUCGUGUAAGUCUUCUUUUCAGUGCUUGGUUAAUCCUUCACCUUUGGUUAAGUCAGUCUUUAUGUCGAUUUGGAGGAUGUUUCUUUACAUGGCGUGUCCUUCAUGGCCGUAUCAGCACGUUGGAUAGAUUCGAGGAAGAUGUUGUUGUUGGUUGGGCCUUUUUGCUGUAUUCUGUGUUGGAAGGUGGAGGAAAACUUUAGACCAUGUCUUUUUCCAUUGUGAGAUGGAGGCCUGUCUGCUCCGCACUACCGGUAACUCUUGCUUGGUUCUUCAGUCAUGGGCAAAGCUUCAAGAGAUAAGAGGGAUAUAUACUACCGUAAAGCAAAAGAAGAAGGUUGGCGUGCUCGAAGUGCAUUUAAACUUCUUCAGAUAGACGAGGAAUUUAACAUAUUUGAAGGAGUCAAGAGAGUGGUAGAUUUAUGUGCAGCCCCCGGUAGCUGGAGCCAGGUCCUCAGUAGAAAAUUGUAUCUCCCAGCAAAGCUUUCUCCAGAUUUAAAGGAUGGCGAACUUCCUCUUAUUGUUGCUAUUGAUUUACAGCCGAUGGCUCCAAUUGAAGGUGUUAUUGAAGUGCAGGGUGAUAUAACAAAUGCUAGGACAGCUGAAGUGGUCAUUAGGCAUUUUGAUGGGUGCAAGGCUGACCUGGUUGUUUGUGACGGUGCACCUGAUGUUACUGGUCUUCAUGACAUGGACGAGUUUGUUCAGUUCCAGCUCAUACUAGCUGGUUUAACAAUUGUUACGCACAUACUCAGAGAAGGUGGUAAGUUCAUAGCAAAGAUAUUCCGUGGAAAGGAUACCAGCCUUUUGUAUAGUCAGCUGAAGUUAUUUUUCCCUGUAGUGACUUUUGCAAAGCCAAAAAGCAGUCGGAACUCAAGUAUAGAAGCAUUUGCUGUUUGUGAGAACUAUUCUCCUCCCGAAGGUUUCAAUUCAAAAGAUCUGCAUCGCUUGCUGGAAAAGGUGGGAAGUCCGUCAGGAGGAGAUGACUUAGAUUGCAGUAGUGGGUGGCUGGAAGGUCCCAAUAAAGUUUACAUCCCAUUUCUUGCCUGUGGGGACCUCAGUGGAUAUGACUCCGACCGUUCAUACCCACUGCCCAGAGGUGCCGAGGGAACUUAUCGGAGCUUAGAUCCUGUGCAGCCUCCUAUUGCCCCUCCAUAUAAAAGGGCUCUCGAAAUGAAGAAAGCUUCCAGUCAAGGAAUUCGAGAACUUGAAAAACUUUCCUUGGAUUCCUGAUUAUCCCAUUCAAUGUUUUAGAUAACCAACAAAGUGGUUUGGAAUGGACCGGUAAUUAUUAGAACAGCAAUCAUUUCUCCCUCCUCCCCUCCCUCUCUCGUUUAAAGUGAUGACUACUCCCGCCUAUUUAUGUAAAAAAAUGGCUGUGGAUCUUGAUUUCGAUUCUUUUAAUUUGAGAUAAUUAAGAUUAUGGAGAUGAAUUAUGAUUAGCAUGAGAUUA